AUGGUACACAGUCAGCAACGUAUGUAGCAAUGUUUUAUUUGCUGGAAUGUGUAAUCUGCAUCAAGGUUGUUUAGGCUGGAAUAGUGAAUUACAACUUCAAAUCUCAUGAUUUUGGUGAAUGGUCCAGUCUUGUGAAUUUUAACAGAAAGUAUGGCUAAAAACAUUGAUAUCUAAAGAACAUCCAUAUAAAAACAACAUGAAGGUGGCAAAGGCAUAUUUGAAUUAUUAUUCAGUCAUACAGUAUUGUAAUAUAUCAGGAUGUUACAAAAUAUGUGAUUGAUUUUUAUAAUAAAUGAUACUGUAUGAUUAUGACAAACUCACCAUGAUGGCAUAUUAAUACAUAUGUAAGUUUGGUAAUUUUGAAUUUCUUUGUGAAUUUCAGGUGUUGCAUUAGCAGUGAAUGAUUUUAGCUCUGGCAUCAUGAAAGCAUCGGCUGGUGAUGAUAAUAGUACCAAGGAAUUGAAAGGGUUUGUUGUUCUAUGUCUGAAAUUGCUAAAUGAUAUGAUUUUGUAAUAAUUACUUAAUAUUUAUGUCAUAUCUUUCCAUCAUGUAACUGUGGUGGCAAACUUCCAAUGCAAGCAAUGAUGGGCCAGGCAUAGUUUGGCGGAUUUUUUUUUGCAUGUGAACAACCACUGUUUUACCACAUCUUACAUGCUAGCUCUACUUGCUGUAACCAUCAUGAGAACUGGUAAUAAGAGGCAAUCAAGACCUAUCAAGACCUUAGCAUGAUAGUUAUGUCUUCCUCUCUUGUUGAAGUGAUCAGCAUCUAAAUUCUCCUCACCAUAUCACUGCUGCAUAUAUAGUACAUUAAGGUCAUGAGAAUAAAGGAAAUGAUAGAAAAAAACAAAGAAGCUCUUGAUUGUUGAACAACUUCUCCUUGUCAGUAUGAUAGAAUUUGUACCAAUAACAGUAUGUCAGUGUUUAAUAAAAAGCUAAUUUUAAAAUGUAUCUUUACUUUUACAGGAAAUUUGUGACUUUUUCAAGCGCACUAAAUGGUGUCAAGGUAUGGUAGUAUUUUUAGACAGGAACUAGUGUUGCUAGCAGUAUUUUCAAUUCCAAGAGUUUAAUUUGUUUUGUCUUACUUGUGUGUGUGUGUGUUCUCCUUUCCUUAGGAAUCGCUGGAUGUUAUGUCCACUAAUGAUGACAACACAUUAGGUUUUACUUUAGAACUUUAUUCCAGAUACAUGGAUGCUGCCAAGGUAUGUGAAAUAUGUAUUGGAAAACUUGGAUCUUAUUGAACUCUUCAAAGGAUACCAACUUUCCUUUUGUGGGCAGGGUUAAGGAAGGGGAAAGGAGGUGACUAUUUUCUUUUGGGGUGGGGUUGGAUGAGAGCAUUGUCACAGCCUGAGAAAAGCUCAGGAUCACUGCACAUCUAAAAAAGAAAGAAGAGAAAAACCAAAAAUAACCAAACAACAACAAAAAUUCAUGAGCCAGACUGUUGACCAAUCUAUUUCUCAUAUCCCAAAUGCUUUGUGGGUUGUGUCUUGAAUGAGAGCACUGGGUUCUACCUGCUCUAUCUCUAUUGCAUUCAAUUUUUUUCAAUUCAUUGGUGAGUAUUAGUACAUUUACAUGAAUGUAGCACAAGAGAGAGGUUAUCUGUAGAGAAAGCGCCCUUUGGAGUAAUUUACAUUUCAUUUUCAUACUGCUAAGCAAGAGGGAUGGAAAACUUGCAAACAAAGACUGGAAUGGUGGAACGGAAACAUGAACUGACUUGGGGAGUUUUUUUUCAUUUACAAUGCUUCAUGGUAUAAUUGAAUUUGGAACCAUCAAGUACAGAUGAGAUGGAAUGUGGGACUUCUGGAUUACAAUUCCAGUGCCCUAACUUUGAAAACCCCUUUUUUUAAUUGGUUAUUUCUUCUUGCUGUCUCAAGAUGAUUAUUUUAACUGUUUACUGCACUUGUUUUGUCCAUCUCUUACCCUGCAGGAGAUGCUUUUCCGUCGUACAUGUAAACUAGUUGAGUAUGAGAACGCAACAAAAGCACUGGAAAAAGCCAAACCCAAGAACCAAGAAAUGGUAAGGUUCUGACAAACAUGUGCUUUGCACCUCUCUCUGAUUUUUUACAUGUGAUUGAGUGUUGUUUUUUUUUUUGUUUUUUUUUUUCUCGUGAUUCACAUGUUUUUUUCUCGUGAUUCACAUGAGGCUGCACUUAGCAAUAGACUCGAAGUUCAAGUUGAGCUUCUGAAUAAUUAUGGUGAACACCAGAAUUGAAGAAUCCUAAAUUGUUUUAUACAUUUUUUUAUUUUCAGCUUCAAAAAGCCAAAGACGAUGCAGAGGAAGCAUACAAUUCAAUUUCAGAAGCUGCAAAGAAAGAGGUGAAUAAAAUGAUAUAAAAAAGUAUUUUUUGUACACACUGAUUGGCUAACUUGAAAGUGAUGAGCAAGUACCAUUAACCUCUGAGAAUCCAAAGUGACAAAAUCGCUCAUCAACAAUUUGAUUUUCAACCAUUUUCCUUGGUUUACCUUGAAUCCUUUGUGCCGGCGUAAUAAACAGCGGAGAAAUGGCAGAUGAUUAAAAUAUUUGUUAAGGGUACAUAAUAGAAAUUGUCAUUUCGCUCCAACUGCAGUAGACAAUCUGCUUACUCGAUUGAUUUUAAUUUUUGUUCUUUUUUAAUUUAAAUAUAGAUGAUCCGUUACAAUAGGCAAAGGGUGUUGAGCCUGCAAGCCAGUCUUAUCCAGUAUGCUGAAUCGCGGUUAAAGAAUGGAAGAGAUACCUACGCCAUUUUGGCCAAACUAUUGAAUGACAUGAAAAAAUCUCCUUAA